CCCAAACACCUCGGCAGCAACGGUGGGAAGGAGAGGUCAUUGGUCAUGUCGUCCCCAUGCCUACCCUUAGACAGCCUAUCAUAUGUCGCGCCCUCAAGAAUACGCGUCCUCUGCGUACCAAUCGGUCGAAUCAAGCGGUCUACAUUCGAUAAUUGUGUCACACGGCUACAAGCAUGUCGGAUGGUUCGACUAGGCGACGUCAGCGCUGAUACGCGGAAAGAGCGGGCAACGUGUAGUCCGCAAGGGUUCCCGGAUGGGCGGGUCGUGUAUGAUGUUGGGACCAGCUUUGAUCAGGAUCAUGAGUAUCUUGAGGAAUUCCAGAUGUGGAGACGGACGAUGGGGAUCAUUGCCAUUGCGGAUGGAGCGGAGGAGAAUGAUCUGGAGGCUUUGAACGAGGGGAUGGGGAUGCUGAAGAUGAGAUAUCCGCGAGCAUUGGUACAGCAGUGUUUUGUGUUUCAUUGCGAGGUGGCGGCGGAGGGGAAGUACCCGGAGCAUUCAGCGUUUAUUUACAGUAAACGCGCGAGUAAGGCGUCGAGCUUUAAUCAGUUAAGGACGGUUAUGUGUGACUUUACGGCGACGAUGCUGUCGGAGUUCGCCCCUUUGGCACAACGAUUACAGUCACUGACGACGCUGGACUCACCACAUACAGCUACCAGGUUGUCAUACCCCAGUUCUGAGAACCUCGUUACUAACAGUCCUCGAUAUUCUCUUCCACCAGCAGCUCCUAAUGGCGAGCUGAAACGAAGUUCGUCUAUGAGCUCGAAGGAUAUGAAGCGAUAUACGAUGUCCGGACUCGGCUCUUCCGCUGGAAGUAUGACUGAGCGAGCAAAGUCAAAGGGAAAGGGACGGGUGUCCAAAACAUUGGGCGACCUGUAUCUCCUGGCUGGGCGAUUACCGGAUGCGAUGAGAGAGUAUGCUGAAGCUGUGGCGAUCGCGAAGGCAAACAGUGAUCAUCUAUGGCAUGCUGCAGCACUGGACGGUAUUGGAAUUGCUCUAGUUCUGAUGGCAUACCUGCACUUGGAUUACCAGAUACCUGCGGUUGCACUCGUGGCUGCUGCUCCUGUACCCGAUAAAGCCAGUCUGAAGGCAGCAUCUUCGACAUUGAAGCUCAAAUCGAGCGCAAAAACCUCCUCAAGUCGAGCCUCGUCUCCAGCGCGAUCCUCAACCCUAACCGAGUAUGAAGCAGCAGCGGCUUACUACAAUCCUCAUCUAAUGGACUUCAUCCCUGAUCUACAAAACGCCAUCGCGGCACUACACCAGCGAUCAACUAAUUUCAGGGAAGACUCGGUUCCGCCAUUAAUCUACUCUGAGACGAUUUUGCGAUGUUGCAAGUUCCUCUGCGCUGUUCAUGUCGCGGGCGGCUGGAACGACGCUGCGUUAGACAACAUCGUCACGGAUGCGGCAAUACCGCCCUCCACGAAGUCCGGAUACCCUCCAAGAGCGGAGAUCGCAGCACGCGCUAUUGGCGCUCGAGGAAUACAUCUGGAUGACAUGUUUGUCAUGGAUAGAAUUCACGUCUUGGGUGGACUUGCGUCUGUGCUUGGAGCUAUAGGUUUGGAGAGGAAGCGAGCCCUUUUCUUGCGGGAGAUUGUGCAGACUAUCGUACCGGAGUUGAUUCAAGCUCGGGUUGUCGGUGCAGCUGAACAAGGUAUGCAUCCGGCUGCUAGAAUGCUGAACAACAAUGCCACGGCGGCGCCAGCACUGGGACCGAUGGAUCUAGAGAGAGGUGUAUUGGGCAUGCUCGAGGAUAUGUGUGCGGCUUAUGGUAUAGCAGUUUCUGCUGGGGAUGAUGAUGCGUUCGAGAAAGAGGUGGUGGCAGGUCAAUUCGGGUGGUCGCAGCUGAAGUUGUCUGUUCUACGAGAUUGCAUUUCUCUGUGUGAGGCCCUUCCUGAUUUUCCCGGCGUGCUGCGCUUCACCACAAAGUUACUUGCGAUAGCCGUGCCGUAUCUCACGAAGGAGGAGCAAGGCCGACUUGCAACAAAUUUGGCAAGAACCGUUGGUGCUGCGAAGAGGAUUGGCAUGAAGGAUGUUGAGGCUGUCUAUUGGGAUCCAUUCGUCGUGAGAGAUGUUCAAGUGGUGAAGUCCCAAGUGUAUCAGACGCCUACGGCUUUACCUAUGUCGACACUGCUACCGCCGGUCGAGGCAGAUGGUGAAGGCGAGAAGAAGGCGGAUAACCCGUUUCUGUACAAUCCCUUCGAGAAGAAAGUAGCUGUCAAAGCCGAAAACCUUCUCGUCGAAGGCGAGCUAGCUGAGUUUGAAGUUGUAUUACAGAACCCCUUUGGCAUUGACUUGGAUGUACAGAGUCUUGCUCUGGAAGUUACGGGGGUAGACAUGGAGACACAACCUAUAGCGGUCGUCAUCCCACCAAACUCGGUGCAACCGGUAGUGCUGAAGGCGAAGCUCUUGUCCACGGGUACCAUGAUCGUGACGGGCUGUAAAAUCCGAAUCCUCGGUUGCCAGGAGCAAUCGUUCCCAAUCCGAGAGCCUCCGGAUGCCGAGGAGUUAGACAAGUGGGUGACGCUGAAAGAUGUCGGGGAGAAGACGAAGAAGAUGGGAUUGUCUGCGCGCAAGAACUGCGCGACUGCACAGGCUAAUGGAAGCGGGCCUUUGGCACCUCCUCGAGAUGUCUCCAUUACCGUCGUGCCGCCUCAGCCACUAGCGACCGUAUCGGCAACAACCUUGACGAACGGCGCAACAAUGCUGCUUGAAGGUGAACGUCGGGUAGUCGAAGUGACGCUGACGAACGUGUCAUCUACACCCAUCGACUUGGUACUUUUGUCUUUCUCAGACUCGACCACAGGCCCGUUGGAGCAGGCACUGGCGAAUAAGAGCAUCCCGCCGGAUGAGGCUUACGAGUUGGAAGUCUAUCUCUACAACAGACGGGCAUUUUCUUGGGAUGUUGCCACUGAGGGCAAAGUCAACAUCGCUCCCGGUGCGGAAGAGACCUUCAAAGUCGACAUCCUUGGUAAACGAGGUCUGACAGACGGACGAAUCCAGCUUACUGUGCCAUUACUUGUGACCGUCAACGCCAGCAUUGACAUGAUUGGCUGCGAUGUCUUCCCUUUCGCAGGAGAGGUUUCUCAAGACUCUGACCUAGCCAGCCGGUCAACGGCUGCCAAAGCUUUUGCGGAGGCUGCCAGUGGUGAGGGUUGUCUUCUUCUAAUAGACCUUCGCAACGUCUGGCCAAACUCCAUGCAUGUCGAGCUCUCUAUUUCGAAUGGCCCUGGUGACGAAAGUGAGCAGUUCACGGCAUCUGACCUCAUCCAGCCCGGACGCACUUCUCGACUUGCUUUACCACUGCGCCGCAUCGACCUAGGGUACGAUGACUUCACCCGUGGCAUUCCCUCUCUUUCUCCGAAGCAGUUCGUCGUCAGCGCAGGAAAAUAUGCAUCCCCAGAACAAGAACGUCAAGCACGCGAGGCAUUCUGGUACAGAGAAGAACUACUGAAGCGAAUCGGUGGUAAAUGGAAAGAUUUGGAAAGUGACCGAGAAGGCGCUAUCGAGAUGCGCGGGUUGAGGUUGUCGGCCAGAAUGGUUGACCUUCUGCGUGUGCCACUCGUUGAAGUCGAGAUAGAACGCAUUGAAGGCGAAGGUGUCACGAGCAUUGGAAAGAGGCGGUGGAGGGUUGAAAUGGAUGAAUUCGUUCAAAUCCGUACGGUCGUCCGAAACCGGAAGCCGGAGGCUACCCGCUUUUUCCUGCGGUUACAGCCAAGUAUGCAACACCAACCGCUACCAACCGCCUUAGAUCUCGCGAGACGCGUCGCAUGGAAUGGAUGCCUACAGACCUCAAUAGGCGUCAUACAACCCGGUGGAGAGGUGGAACAUGUCAUCGAUAUGAUAUUCCUCGCGAAGGGUGACUACGAAUUCGUGGGAAGUGUCGAGGAGCUUGAGGAAGGCGGGGCAAGAGGGAAGAUAUGGACGAUGAGGGAAGCAGGGAAAGUUCAGGUUGCAUGAACCAUGAAUUAAAUUACAUGAGAUAUCCAAACCAGCAUAUUCUUGGGAGGGGUCA